AUGGGUUUCUCACAAAACGGAAGUUACGGCUCUUCUCCAGAGGUGGAUAAAUCCGAACUUGCGUUGGAGAAAAAACAGCUGAGUGAUGUGGCAAUGUCCAAGGCAGUUACUUCCGACAAGAUUUGGUGGAUUCAUGGCAAUGGAUAUGAUCUUACCAAAUUCGUCGAGCGUCAUCCAGGUGGCAAAGAAGCGAUUCUCUUGGGAAGAGGUCGAGAUUGUACCGCACUCUUUGAAUCCUAUCACAUUUUCAGCAACGACCACUGGAAGGUAUUGGACAAAUUUUGCGUUGUCAAGAAUCGCAAACCCUCCGAUCGCAAGAAGGAUGCCUUUUACGAGAUUCUGAAGGAGAGGACAGCUUCUGUCUUGAAAGAAAAAGGAAUCGAUCCUGUGCAUGAUAGAGGAGCAAAUAUUGCCAGAACAUUGCAUUAUCUGUUUAUCUUUGGAGCUUGGUUGACUUCAGGUUAUUGGCACGUAAAGGGAAGCGUCCUUGGAUCCUUUCUGUUCGCAGUUUUUGGAUGGCUAAUGGGAGCAUUAGGGCAUGACGCUGGGCACUUUGCGGCUAGUCGUCAAGCAUGGGUCAACGAACUCGGAGUCUGGGCAAUGUCGCUUAUUUGCAACCCCAUUGUUUGGCAGCAUCAGCAUACAUAUGCACACCACUCCUUCACCAACGAAUUCGACAAAGAUCCUGACCUUCAUCACUUCGACGCACUGUUGAGAGUGCAUAAGAAUAUCAGGCAUCGAAGCAUUCACAAUCAUCAAAUCAAUAGGUUGUGGGUCGCUGUCGCUUAUGCUCUAGUCUGUUUCGGAACUUGUUUCUGGAUCCCCUGGGGCGUUCUAGCUUCGGGCUCUCUUCACGGAAUUGUUGAAUGGCAAGAUCGAGAUCGACCAUCGAAGGAGAUUGGUCUCAAACUCCAUUGGUACACUUAUAUUUUUGUCAUCAUGGUUCUUCCAUUCUUCACGCACGAAUCCAAGCUGACAGCAGCCUUUGCUGUCUACAUUCACAUUACCACGAUUGGAAUCGUGUUUGCAAUUUUCUCCCAAAUCAACCAUUUGAACGAACCAUCGCUGGAGUCCGAUUUGCAAACAAGGAAGACGCGUAGUUCAUCCCGGAGUAAUAUUGUCGAGGACUCAUGGGCUGCAGCUCAGGUCGAGACUUCCAAUAACUUUGCGUCCGGCAGCUUUCUUUGGCAUUUCUUGUCCAAUGGCCUGAAUCAUCAAAUCGAACACCACUUGUUCCCUGGGUUGAAUCAUGGUCACUUGCACCACAUUGCUCCCGUUGUCCGGGACACAUGCAUAGAACAUGGAGUCGUUUACAAGUCGUAUGACACAUGGACAGAUUUGAUGAAUGCGACCAUGGAGUGGUAUGAGAAACUCAGUGUAAACGAAAGGCCCACACCAAAGUUCUCAAAUAAAGUUGCUGCAGAAUAA